ACAACUAGAUAAGCACUUCACACCUCAGCAGACAGCUACCCACGCACACUUCCAUCUUCACUUGUAACCUCUUUUGUCUCUUAUCCUAAACCCCAGCUCUUGUUCAAAUCUCGACAAUGAUUUUCUCCUUUAUUUAAUCGAUUUUAUUCCAUUUCUUAAUUUAUUAUGAUCAUCCACAUAAUCUCCCUUGUUUAAUGCUUCACUUCAUAUCAUUAUAUAUAUCACCACAUUUGGGUUUAGUCUGUUGACUUGUAGCUUUAGGUUGUGUAAGAAAUGGAGCUUGAUCAAAUUGUGUGUUUAGUUGUGUUAUGUUUGAGUUUGAGUUUGGUUUUGUUUAAGGUUGAUUCGAAGUAUAUGGUUUAUGAUACUAAGGCAGGGAUUGUGGAGGGGAAGAUCAAUGUGCAUCUUGUGCCUCACACUCAUGAUGAUGUGGGAUGGUUGAAAACUGUUGAUCAGUACUAUGUUGGCUCCAAUAAUUCUAUCCAGGGAGCUUGUGUGCAGAAUGUACUUGAUUCGUUGAUUCCGGCUUUGCUUGCUGAUGAGAAUCGGAGGUUUAUUUAUGUCGAACAGGCGUUUUUCCAGCGGUGGUGGAGGGAUCAGAGUGAGGCGACACAGAAUACGGUCAAGCGUCUCGUGGAGUCUGGUCAGCUUGAGUUAAUUAAUGGAGGUAUGUGCAUGCAUGAUGAGGCAGCUCCACAUUACAUAGAUAUGAUAGAUCAGACAACGUUGGGCCACCGAUUUGUUAAGCAGGUGUUCAAUGUAACUCCAAGAAUUGGGUGGCAAAUUGACCCCUUUGGACAUUCUGCAGUGCAGGCCUAUCUGCUAGGAGCAGAGGUUGGAUUUGAUUCUCUUUUCUUUGGGCGAAUUGACUACCAAGACAGAACUAAGCGGAAAGCCGAGAAGAGCCUUGAGGUCGUCUGGCAGGGAUCGAAGAGUUUGCGCUCUUCUGCACAAAUCUUUGCUGGUGCAUUUCCUGAAAAUUAUGAACCCCCAAGUGGUUUUUACUUUGAAGUUAAUGAUGAUUCUCCCGUAGUCCAGGAUGACAUGAGUUUGUUUGACUACAACGUGCAAGAGCGUGUUAAUGAUUUUGUAGCUGCUGCGUUGGCACAGGCUAACAUUACUCGGACCGAUCACAUCAUGUGGACCAUGGGGACAGACUUCAAGUAUCAGUAUGCUCAGACAUGGUUCCGGAAUAUGGACAAGCUUAUUCAUUAUGUCAAUCAAGAUGGCCGUGUCAAUGCUCUAUAUUCAACACCAUCCUUCUACACUGAUGCAAAAUAUGCUGUAAACGCAUUGUGGCCACUCAAGACAGAUGACUUCUUCCCAUAUGCAGAUCGUAUAAAUGCAUACUGGACCGGAUAUUUUACUAGUAGGCCUGCUUUGAAGGGCUAUGUUAGGUUGUUGAGUGGGUAUUAUUUGGCAGCAAGGCAGUUGGAACAUUUUAGAGGAAGAAGUAAAGCAGGCCCUAAUACUGACAGUUUGGCUGAUGCUUUGGCAAUUGCGCAACAUCAUGAUGCAGUUAGUGGUACUUCACAGCAGCAUGUGGCUAAUGAUUAUGCAAAGAGGCUAUCAAUAGGAUACAAAGAGGCUGAAGAUGUCGUUGCAACUGCACUAGCUUGUAUGGUUGAAUCAGCAUCAAAAUCUGAAUGUGAAAGUCCAACAACCAAGUUUCAACAGUGUCCGCUUUUGAACAUUAGUUAUUGUCCACCAACUGAAGUUGAUUUAUCAUCCGGGAAGAAAUUGGUCAUCGUUGUUUACAAUUCCCUGGGGUGGAAAAAAACGGAUGUUGUGAAAAUUCCAGUUAUGGACAAGAGGGUUGCAGUUUUUGAUUCUAAUGGCAAUAGUGUUGAAUCACAACUUGUCCCUAUUGCUAGUGUAUCCAUUGGAAUCAGGAACUUUUAUACUAAAGCGCAUGUGGGUAAAUCUCCAAAUGCUACCCCUAAAUAUUGGCUUGCAUUUACAGCAUCUGUUCCACCUCUUGGAUUCAGAACUUAUGUUGUUUCAACUCCUAAAGGAGCAGAUGCAGCUGCUUCUUUAGUGAUGCGAAAAUCUUACAAAUCUUUUCAGAAUGAUGAUUACACCAUUGAAGUUGGAACGGGACAUUUAAAGCUUCUGUAUUCUGUAAAUGAAGGCAAGCUUACUCACUAUGUCAAUGAUGAAAGCAAGAUCAAAGCCUCUGUACAGCAAUCAUUCAUGUAUUAUAAUGGAGUUACGGAGGAUUCACAGGCUGAUGGAGCAUAUGUUUUCCGUCCAAAUAGUUCAUUUCCCCUUGGUUCUAAAGGACAGACUCCUAUACAAGUUUUUCGCGGACCUCUGUAUGAUGAAGUUCGUCAAAGCAUCAACCCAUGGAUACAUCAGAUUACAAGGGUGUACAAGGAUAAGGAGCAUGCUGAGGUUGAAUUUAAAGUUGGCCCAAUACCCAUUGAUGAUGGAGUCGGGAAAGAUGUUGUAACUAAGAUUACAACCUCCACGAAAAGCAAUAAAAUAUUUUACACAGAUUCAAAUGGACGUGAUUUCCUUCAAAGAAUUCGAGAUUUUAGAGAGGACUGGAAACUAGAAGUGAACCAACCUGUUGCAGGAAAUUAUUAUCCUAUUAAUCUCGGUAUGUACUUGAAGGAUGAUAGCAGCGAAGUUUCAGUUUUGGUCGAUAGGUCGGUGGGGGGAUCCAGCAUUAUCGAUGGGCAAAUGGAGCUGAUGCUCCACAGGAGAUUACUUCAUGAUGAUGGUAGAGGUGUUGCAGAGGCACUAAAUGAGACAGUUUGCAUUUCUGGCAAGUGUGCUGGUUUAACUAUACAAGGGAAGUAUUAUCUUAGAAUUGAUCCUCUAGGAGAGGGAGCUAAGUGGCGUAGGUCUUAUGGGCAGGAGAUAUAUUCUCCAUUUCUAUUAGCUUUCACUGAACAGGAUGGAGAUAAAUCGACUAAAUUUCAAGUGUCAUCCUUUUCGUAUAUGGAUUCUUCAUACAGUCUCCCAGAUAAUGUUGCAUUGCUAACCCUCCAGGAGCUUGAAGAUGGUACCGUUCUUCUUCGGUUGGCACACUUAUAUGAGAUUGGAGAAGACAAGCUUCUAUCUAAGCUGGCAAGCGUAGAACUGAAAAAGAUAUUUUCAAAAAGAAAGAUACACAAAAUUGAUGAGAUGAGCUUAUCUGCAAACCAAGGAAGAGAAGAAAUGGAAAGAAAAAGAUUAGUUUGGAAGGUAGAAGGCUCUCACGACGAACCAAAAGUAUUGAGAGGGGGUCCAGUUGAUCCUCAAAAGCUGGUGGUGGAACUCGCUCCAAUGGAAAUACGGACCUUUGUUAUCAAAUUCGGCUCUCAAGGGUCUACAGCUUCAUGACUGGUAGCUAGCUAAGUGAAUUGCAACAAUCGUCAUCAUCUUCGAGUCCAUGCAGUUGAUGUUAUGUGAAUAAGAAGGGCUUUACGUGAAUAAGGGCACUGUAACUAAUAAAGAUCGGUGAAGCCCUUGGUGACUCGAAAACAGCAACUAGACUACACUGUAAAACUUGCUUGAAUGUGAAACUUUGUUAACAAGUUCUCUUUUCAACCAUUGUUAACAAGUUCGCCAAGUUUUUUUUUUAUGUACUUCACCUGUUCUAUCUUGAGCAAUACCUACUUGGCUACUUGAGUCA